CGCCACGACCAGUCAAAUCACCUCGACGCCUCAAGAAGCAGCAUCGCCAACUCACCACCAAACCUCGAACAAGCACAACUCCUUAAUCAUCUACCAAAAGACCCAACAAAAUCUUUUCAAGAGAAAGGAGAUCUCCGUGCCAACAGCACCAACACAAAGCCUGCCUUUCGCCAUGUCCCGCCUCCUCCGCACAUCCAUCAUCCUCACCCGCUCCUCUCCGAGGCGCAUCCAGCCCCAAACAACAGCCACAAUAAUUACCGCCCCGCGACGACUAGCCUCCUCCUCCUCCUCCUCCUCUUCCUUCCUCCAAAACGCCCCCGCCCCACCACGCCUGCCCGCCGACCAACAGGCCGAGUUCGAGCGCCUCCAGCGCGUCGCCGAGGCCGCUCUCUCCUCACACACCGCCGCAGUCCCCGCCGCCGAGCAGGCCGAGUCUGCGCCGCUGACGACUAAUGUGUCGCGGCAUGUUUCUAUGCCGUCAUCAUCAUCACCAUCAUCGACAUCAACAUCAACAACCCAAGCGCAGGGACAGGGACAGGGACAGGCGGGAGGAGGAGUGAGCCCGGGAACAUUCAGCGGCGGGGUGAGAAAGGGCGCGCCGCCCGAGUUCGAGGGCGACAAGAACCCGCGCACGGGUGAGGUGGGCGGGCCGAAGAAUGAGCCGUUGCGCUGGGGCGGGGAGGGGGAUUGGAGUUAUAACGGGCGGGUUACCGACUUUUGAAUCUGCUUCAUCUGCCUUCCUUCCCUCUGAUAGGGAGGAGGUGAGGGGGUAGUUUGUGAGUUGAGGAUUUGCGGGUGGUA